GCCACAUUUCCGAGAAAUUACUUGUACUUCGGACUUUAAACUUCCAUUAGACAAGCUAAAACACGCCUCAUACCAUACCCUUGGGAUUUCGUUAUAUUGUUUCAGCUCACAUGAUAAAAUCCAUUGCAAAACAGAGGUUCUUGAUCCCAAUAAAUAAAUUAUUUUAGGAAAAUUUAUCUGUGGACGUUUGUGGCCUGGGAACUUUACUUAGCUGUCUCGAAACCUGCCGAGAUGGAGUUGUUGUCAGGAGUAUUCCAUCUAGGAUGUGGAUUAUUUUAUAUUUACGGCACUUACUGGGACUUUCAAAUUGUAACACCUCCUGUAAGCACCUAUGGAGGAAGAUGGAAAUUUCUAACGUUCUUGAAUUUGAUUAUUCAAUUGUUGUACUUCUUCGUAGCUCCACUGGGUGACUUACUAACUCUUCUGAGUGGACGGAGGGAUAACUGGCUUGUUAAACUGCGUGAUUUACUUUUUUCAUCUUUAGCAUUUCCUCUAGGUUUGUUUGUUGCAGCUACCUUUUGGGGUAUAUAUGUGAUGGACAGAGAGCUAAUAUUUCCUCGUGCAUUGGAUAAGAUAUUCCCUCGAUGGCUCAAUCAUAUUUUGCAUACCUGGUGUGCAGUCCUUAUCAUAUUGGAAGCUGCGCUCAUCAAACACAAGUAUCCAAAGAAUCAUGUAGGCUUGGGUGUGUUAGCAGCAUUUACAGUGGUCUAUCUGUCUUGGAUAUUAUGGAUUGCCUAUGCAGCAGAUUUUUGGGUUUAUCCAUUCCUUCGUAUAAUGCCUAAUUCCGGCAAAGCAGCAUUCUUUACAGUAGCUGCUUGUAUAAGCGCCUUCCUCUAUUUCUUGGGAAAAUGGAUGACUCUUUUCAUAUGGGGAGGCAACGGAGAGAAGACGUCUACAAAUUCGACGUCAAAGGAAGGAACGAAAAAGAAAGUAAAGAAAGCAGAUUAGAAUCCAUUGCUUAUUAGCGUGCGUCUGGACCUUCGUUUUAAGUACUUCAGCACGUGCUUUUCUUCGCCAGCGGGAAAAUACCAGACCUUGAGCAACGUGGGUCGGCGACAGGGUCUGAAAGGGGACUAGCACUGAGUAGUGCCAGGCCCCUGGCAAACCUCUCUCCGAUUCGUCUUAAACCUUCCCGCCGGCGGAGAAACGUGCGUCCUGAAGCGCAGAUAAUGAGGGUUUGGUUUAGUCUUGUACCCAAACCCAUCACUGCCAUUCCUACAUUUUAGUUACAAUUACAAGGUUGGAGGAACUGGGUCCUAGAUGAGGUCUGCUUACAGGCUAAUCUGUUCCAUUGAGUAUUUAGUCGACCAAAACUUGUUGCACCGGUGUAAUUUUAUUUGCUUAAGUAAAAUGAAGAACGUGGCGAGUGUUUGAUCGCGGAGCACUCUUCAAAGUUCAUCUAAACUCGUUAUUAUAAAGAAAACUUGGAAAUCGUUCUUUUCGCCAUUUCAGCCAUCUGCCUUGCUCUGAAGAAGGGCUGACGCUCGACACGUUAGACUUAGAAACUCUUUAUGGUGGCCAGGUCGCAUCAACUCAGUUAUUAAACCAAAUUAGCGUCUCUAAGGACUGGGUCCGAACUGUGACAUCAGCGUUACAAACUCGUCAACGACAGAAAUACGUCAACUGUAGUAAUAUCAUUUAUCCUCUCCAUGGAUUGUUUGCCAAAAGAUUCUUUUACGAGAUAUCUUAACUAGAUAUGUUUACUUGCUGUUGCAUGGAUGAACAAAGACUUGGUACUUCCUAAUCUUCAGUGAAUUGUGCAGUAAAACGACUGUGAUUUAUCUUUACCAGAUAAUAAAGCAUCAUUCUCGAAAGA